AACUGCUCAGGAUGUAAGACGCGUCUCGUAGCUCAAACAAGGAGACAUGACAGAGGUCCAAACGAUUUGCGAUUCGCUACACAGUAAAUAAGUCGUGAAUCUGUUUGGAAAUGGUUGAUGAUUAAAUUCUGGGCAAAGUGCACGACUGGGCUACAUAAGUCAGUGAGGACACACGUCGAGUAUCCUCGCCAUUGCAUAACUUUUACUUCCAUGUAGGCUAUCUGAAGUUGGGCACCAGGAUUUGAGCGCUAUGUGGUACUUUUGCGAUGUUUUCGGCCGUAUAUGGCAAUCGCCGUUUAUUUUGUUUUAUUUGUUGGCGUUUUGGGUCGCACCUGCGUUCCUGCAUCCACAGUGUUUGGAUUUUAAACCCCCAUUUCAGCCUCAACAAGAGCUUCAGUUCUGUCAAAUGUAUAAAUACUUCGGCUGCUGUGAUUAUGCCAGGGACCAAGAGCUGAAGGCAAAAUACUAUCGAAUAAUGGAUAACUUCGAUUAUUAUGGAUAUUCGAACUGUGCCGCGUACGUUCAGGAUAUGCUUUGUCAGGAAUGCUCUCCAUACGCUGCUCAUCUUUUUGACGCCGAAGACCCCAACACGCCUUUACGGACCAUACCUGGACUCUGCCCCGACUAUUGCCCUCAAUUCCAUUCCAAGUGCAGAUCCUUUCUUACCUUGUUGUCUGACGAUCCACGUCUUCCAGAACUUGAGCAUGACCAGCGCAGGCUUUGUCAGUACCUAGAGCUGGAUGACCCAGAUUACUGCUAUCCUCAUAUUUUGAGCAAUGAACGCUUAACCAAAAGUCUGGGCCGCACUGCAUCGGACUCUGAGGGCUGCUUGCAGCUAUGUUUGGAGGAGGUAGCCAAUGGACUCAGAAAUCCUCUCGCCAUGAUUCACGCCAAUGAUGGCACGCACAGGUUUUUCGUUGCUGAACAAGUUGGCCUGGUCUGGGUAUACCUUCCAGAUCGAUCAAAGCUUGAAAAGCCAUUUCUAAACAUCACAAAAGCUGUGUUGACAUCUCCAUGGGAAGGUGAUGAAAGAGGAUUUUUGGGACUCACCUUUCACCCCCGUUUUAAAUACAAUGGGAAGCUGUAUGUAUACUACUCUGUUGAGGUGGGCUUUGAUGAGAGAAUCCGUAUCAGUGAGUUCCGUAUCUCUUCUGCGGAUAUGAACGUGGUUGACCACAGUUCAGAGAGAAUCAUUUUAGAGAUCGAUGAACCUGCUUCUAAUCACAAUGGUGGGCAGCUUCUCUUCGCCGAUGAUGGAUACUUAUACAUCUUCACUGGAGAUGGUGGAAUGGCAGGAGAUCCAUUUGGGAAAUUUGGAAAUGCACAGAACAAAUCUGCCCUUUUGGGAAAGGCUCUUCGCAUUGAUGUAGAUGACAACGAGAGGGGGCCGUUGUAUAGAAUUCCACCGGACAAUCCAUUCAUACGUGAACCCAACGCUCGUCCAGAAGUGUAUGCCUACGGUGUGAGGAACAUGUGGAGAUGCUCUGUAGACAGAGGAGAUCCGAACACCAAGGAAGGAAAAGGACGAAUUUUCUGUGGAGACGUGGGCCAGAAUAAGUAUGAGGAAAUAGACAUUGUGGAGAAGGGCCGGAAUUAUGGCUGGAGAGCAAAAGAGGGCUUCUCUUGUUACGACAAAAAACUCUGUGCCAACAGCUCCUUAGAUGAUGUUCUUCCGAUUUACGCAUAUCCACACAAAAUGGGUAAAUCGGUCACAGGUGGAUAUGUUUACAGAGGCUGUGAAAAUCCAAAUUUAAAUGGCAUGUACAUUUUUGGAGACUUCAUGAGUGGACGCCUGAUGAGUUUAAAGGAAAACAGAAACACACACAGUUGGGAAUACAGUGAGAUUUGCAUGGGUGUGGGUCUGACUUGUUCAUUUCCAGGGCUUAUCAACAAUUACUAUCCUUACAUCAUUUCGUUUGCAGAGGAUGAAGCAGGUGAACUCUAUUUCAUGUCCACCGAAAUACCAAGUGCAACAUCUCCUACAGGCGUUGUGUACAAGAUUGUUGACCCUUCCAGACGUGCACCUCCAGGAAAAUGUAAUUAUGAGCCACUUUCAGUUCGUGUUAAGAGCAGUCUUAUACCAUUCAAGCCAAAGGAAACAUUGAUAGGAGUCCAUGUUCCAACAAAGCUUCCAAGACUCUCAAAUGCAGAGGAACCUCCCGUCGAUGGCUCAAAAGGCUGGUUUCAGGAGCUGCUGGACAUCUUAAAUGAGCAGGAUGGGCAGAUCACCACCACACCAUUCACCCCAACUACACCCAAGCCCAAUAGGACAUCCAGACAGAGGAAGGGUAGACGCAAGAAGGGCAAGCACAAGAACGGAGUGGUGAGAUUAGUCGGGGAUGAAGAGGGCCGGAUGGAUCGGGGAAGGGUGGAAGUAUACGCUAAUGGGGAAUGGGGGACUGUUUGUGAUGAUCUCUGGAACACCAAGAAUGCAAUUGUGGUCUGCCGGCAGCUCGGGUUCCGCCAUGCACUUAAGGCUGCCGCUGAGUUUGGGGAAGGGACGAGCCUGAAGAUUAUUUUGGAUGAUGUGCAGUGUGAGGGGACUGAGGAAACUCUCUUGGAUUGUCAGCACGCUGGGAUUGGCACACACAACUGCGCUCACUAUGAAGAUGCAGGAGUGAUAUGUGGAAAUUCAGAUUCAGGCCUAGAAUAAUCUUUAACAUUUCAGAAACAACCAUUUUGUUAUUAGUUGUAGCACAUAACUGAUCAUUUCCAACUGCAAGAGAGAAGACAUUUGGACUAUAAUACAGUUUUUCUCAGUCACUUUAGGUCCAUUUCUUGAAUCAUCCUUAAAGGGAUAGUUCACCCAAAAAAAGAAAAUUCUGUCAUUAAUUACUCACCUUCAUGUCGUUUCAAAGCCCUAAGAUUUCGUUUAUCUUCGGAACACAAAUUAAGAUCUUUUUGAUGAACAUAUUUAAGGCUAAAUUAAAUUUGUUCAUCAUAUAAAGCGAUUGUGUCUCUUCAUAAAAUUUGGACUGAACGGCUCAAUUCAUAUGAUUAGUUUUACGAUCUCUUUAUGAACUUUCGCGUCAAAGUGGUAGUUGCACAGCCGUCUAUGGAGGGACAGAAAGCUGUCAGAUUUCAUCAAAAAGAUCUUCAUUUGUGUUCCGAAGAUUAACAAAAGUCUUCUGGCUUUGGGACGACACGAGGGUGAGUAAUUAAUGACAGAAUUUUCAUUACUUGGUGAACUAACCCUUUAACAUUGCAAAUCAGUAAGUGCAUUUCUCGAAACAAUUAUGUACAAACAGCACCACACAAUUUCCUACGAAAGCCUGUAACUUGCUCAAAAUCCUUAGUUCGUCUCUCAAAAGUUUUUAUAUCUAUGAACAUAUCACUGCUAUCAGAAUGACAAGUCUGUGUCAUUGUUCACAAACAAGCUAGUCAAAAUGCUUAGCCAUGUUGUCAAUAUAAUAGUGUACUCUGACUGUAUUUCCUGAUGUAAAAUAUGGCAACGGUUUUGAUACAAAACAGUGCACAAGGCUGAACCUUUUCUAUAUGGAAUAUAUCAAUUUCAACAGUAAAAAUGUACAGAUUUGUGUAUUUUGGCAGAAAUCCCAUUUUUGACAGGAUUUAGUUUGAUUGUAGGUGGUCUGUCAACAAAUCAUAGUGCAAUGUCA